UCUAGCGACGUGUGUUUAAUGUUCAGCCUUGUUGUUUCCGACUACAUUCCUAAAUAUCUGGAUUAGAGAUUUAAAAUGUUUUGUUAAUAUAUUGAAUUUAAGACAUCGAUGGCCAUACCGUUGUCCUUGAAAUGCGUACAGAUAACGCUCGGUAGUAAAUGCCACCACCAACGGAGGACAUUUUUGUAUCAGCAUGGAUAUUUCAGAUUAAGGAAGUGUUAGUGUGUUUUAGGAAAGAGAUAUCAGUGAUUAAUCGUCUAAAGUCAAUACAUGCUUACCUUGUACGUUCAAAUAAAUGGCUCAAGCAAGUAAUAAUAGGGACGAGGAGAGAAACCACACACUGAUAAAGAACGAAUACAAUGAGACCAAUGGACAAAUAGCGAUGCUUCAACAAUGAUGAAUAGGAUGAGUUGUUACUACAAUGAUUAUGAAGAAAGCAGUGGUGGCAAAGCGCAUAAUAUACGUGGAUUUAAUAUAACUGAUAGCGAUUUUUGAACAGCUAUAGAGAAGAGAACACCUGGGAUGAAAGCAAGCGGGUUCAAAAGAGGAUCUUUAUUCAUCAAUGCACUGGAUCGCUGACGGAAGUUUAUGUAUGAGUUGAUCGAAGUUGAAUCACCGCGUAUAAAUCUUGUGAAAACCCUAUCUGUUGAUUUAACACACAAAGAAAUAGUUAUAACAUCUGAGGUGAUUGUCUCCUGUUUAGUUGUUUGUUUCUGCAAUUUGUUUGGGAUUACAUAUGUCUUAGCCGAUACUUCAUAUAAAUUGACUUGGACGUAGACAGCGCCGCAUUUCUUCAUGGAUUUAAUGGUCGCUGUAUUGAACUUUAAAUUAAUAUAACAUUAUGCGCACAUGAGAUAAACCAUACGAAUAUUAAGAGUUGCGUUGAUUAGUGAAAGCAGAUACAAACUAAUGGAAGGAAUGCGGAUCUGAUUCAUAUUGUGAAUGUUUAUUUUUUUAUUCAAUUAAAGUGAAAAAAAACAACACAUCUGACGAACAGUUGUAUGACAGUUCAUUUUUAUUUGUCGGAUAUGUUCCUGUUAUACCAUUAUUUUGUUAUAAGCAUCUGUGAAAUUGUAUACGAAAGGCAAUACUACUAAUCUUGUCAAAUCAUAAUUUGCAAAUGCUACUGUUAAAACAGAGCUGUUAAUAUAUUAAAUUUACUAAACAUAACAAAAGACACCUUUUGAGGAGUUCUAAAUGAAAGAACAAACUGUUGCUAUGACAUCAAAUGGCAAGAACAAGUCGGUGGAAUCCAAAAUUUGCAUACUCGGGGCACCAGGCGUCGGGAAAUCAGCUCUGGUUGUUCGGUUCCUGACCAGACGUUUUAUUUGGGAGUAUGAUCCAACACUAGAAUGUACAUACAAACAUAACACGACGAUAGACGAAGAACCUGUUGUCAUGGAGAUCCUUGAUACUGCAGGACAGGAGUGGAGUAUACACAGAGAGGGUCACGUCAGAUGGGCGGAUGGAUUCGUUCUCGUAUAUGCCAUCAACGACAGACACAGCUUUGAAGAAGUAUCAAGUAUCAAACAGUGUCUUGAUGAAGUAAAAAAGACAAACGUACAGUGUGUACUUGUUGGUAACAAAAUUGACUUACUUCACGAAGUACACGUUCCAACAAGUGAGGGUGAAAGGUUAGCGUCGGACUGGGCAAGCGCAUUUUUCGAAACUUCCGCUUCCGAUGGUGGGGAAGAUAUUCCCGAAUUAUUCCAUGAACUUCAUAGGGAAAUUCGUCGCAGGAAAAUGAUAGAAUGUAAACCCAGACGACGAAGUUCUGCGCAUCAGAUGCGACAGGUUUUCACGAAAAUGUUUAAAACUCAAACAAAUAAGGUGACAAGUCCUAGCUGAAAGAUUUAACUUAGUUUCUCAUCAAGCUAUAUUGUGAUGACGUCAGUUAACGACAAAUAUGCUGGAUGCCUAUUAAAGAUAAGGUAUCAGCAUGCAGGUCACAGCGUCAGAUUGCUUGCAUUUCUAUAAUGUUAACUGGAGAAACAGAUAAGGCAGUUGUCAUUUGUUACUAGAAAAUGUUUCAAGGCAUUUGUUCUCCUCUAUGAUCUUCAUUACCAACGCAGACUCUUGACAUCUGCUUGUGUUGUGCGUUUCCUUUAAAUUAAACCAGAAAUAAACGGAUUUACUUUGAAUAGCGCUUUAUUACAUGUUUACUUUUCGUUGUUACUGUUUAAAUACUUAUGUUAUCAUUGAACACAUUGAAUUUAUCUAGAUAAUAUUGCUUUCGACGCUUAUAGCCUGGAAAUGUUUUUUAUCAAGAAGACAUUAGCGACAUUUAAUACCCUUUACA